AUGAUACUUCUUAGAAAGAGACAUCCCAUGCUGCGCAUGUGCAUUAGAAAAGAUCAAGAUGGAGUUUUUUGCUUCCAAGAAAUGGACAAAGUUGAUUUUCGACAACUUGGUACAAGGGACUGGAGAAAUGUCAUGGAAGAGAGUUUGUUGGAGAAAUUUGAUGCAGAAAAUGGCCCUCUUUGGAGGCUGAUUUUCUUGCCAAAUGCAAGGUACAAGCCAGGCACUGAAAUUAGGGACACAACUUCAUACCCCAACGAGUGCAUUUGCAUAUUUGGUUUUCAUCAUUUAAUAAUAGAUGGACCAUCUUUGACUAGAAUGUUUGCAGAAUUCAUUAACUAUGUAGAAAGGUUAUCUAACAAUGAAGAACCAGAAGUGUCAUCAAUGCCAUUACUACCAUCAUGUCAUGUAUACCUACAUGAAGUUGUUCGGUCUAAAUGGUAUCACUGCCUAAUGACGGCAGCUUUGAAUAUUUUUUCAUUGCUACCCUGUUUUCCUGUUUUCAUGAUGGGUGUAGUGUUUGGAAUGAACAGAAAGGGAAAUGUCUUUACCCAAAAAUAUGGCAUUGAGGUGCAAAGGAAUCCUGAAAUUCAACCAAGAACCAAAAUUAUUCCUUUGGAGUUCUCAAAGAAGGACACAUUAAGUUUGUUACAGAAGUGCAAAGAACAUCAGACAACUGUACAAGGUGCAAUUCAGGCAGCAGGUGGUGUUGCCAUGGCAACUUUGCUAGAUGAGAAUGAGUUUGAAAUAGAAUGCAUGAUAACAGUGAAUGCCAGACCAUUCUUCAAAUACAGAGUACCAAAUGAAUAUGCAAGGCCAUACUUAGGUUUCAUUUCAUGUAAAAACUCUUUUAUCAGAUCACCUGAUAUUGUCAAAUUCUGGUGUAUGGCAAAGAGUAUAUCCAAUGAUAUCCAUGCUAAACUGAAAAAGAAUGAGCACAUGAAAAUUGCACUAAUGUUUGAUUACAUGGCUCCAAUGUUGAGUCGCCUUUUUAAAUCAACAAAUAAAGACGACGAGCACGGAGGACGUUCCAAGAACUUGAUUGUCUACAAUAACCUAGGUAACUGUAAAUUUCUACAUGGAUCUCCUGAUGAUGACGUCAUUAUAAGAGCCAGCUUUGGCUGCACUGCUGAACACCAACAAGGAAGCAUAUUUGCCAACAGUAUUAUCACAUUUAAUGAUCAACUGUUCUGGACAGUUGUAUAUUACAGCAACAUAACAAGUGAAACCAUGGCCCAGAGAUAUGCUGGUUUGAUGAAAGAAACUAUUCUUAAGGCAAUUUAA